AAAAAAUGUAAAUUCAUCAAUAAUACGCAACUCCAAAAUUUCGUUUUUCUAUCUUCAAUAAUAAAAAAGCUAUAAGGGUGAGCCACCUUGGAGAAUCACCCGGUAUAACUCCCUUAUUUGUUACCAUAUGGUUGUCAAGAAUUCGAGAUUACACAGUCGUUUCCGUAUCCCCAUAAAAAGUAUCGUUAAGUCUGAAACAUCCGUCCCCAUAAAUAAAAAUCAAGACAAGUUAAGUCUGGUGAUCGCGGCCAUGGAAACAGACUUCCUUUUCCAAUCCACCGCUGUUGAAAUACUGCAUUGAUAUGCUCUCGUACAAUAAUAUCAAAAUGUGGUGAACAACUAUCCAACUGCAAAAACAAGUUUUGGCGUGUUUCCAGUGGCACAUCUUCAAACAACAACG